UGGCGGACAGUGCGGAACUGAAGCAAAUGGUUAUGAGCCUUCGUGUAUCUGAGCUGCAAGUACUUCUAGGAUACGCUGGACGCAACAAACACGGUCGCAAACACGAACUCUUGACCAAAGCUCUGCACUUGUUAAAGGCCGGCUGCAGUCCCGCUGUACAAAUGAAAAUCAAGGAGUUGUAUCGGCGGAGGUUUCCCUUAAAAAUCCUUACACCUGCAGACUUUUCACUACCUAGUGUGCACUCCAGCACCAUGCCAACCAACUUGUCACCAUCCUCCAUUCCUCAGCUUUCAUAUGACAGCCACCCUGCCUCUUCCCCAAUGCUACCAGUCUCCCUUCUUGGGCCCAAACAUGAACUGGAUCUUCCUCACCUCACAUCAAACCUUCACCCUGUCCACCCGGACAUCAAACUGCAGAAACUGCCCUUCUAUGACCUGCUGGAUGAACUUAUAAAGCCUACGAGUUUAGCCUCAGAUAACAGCCAGCGAUUUCAAGAAACAUGCUUCGCGUUUGCAUUAACACCACAACAAGUCCAGCAAAUCAGCAGCUCAAUGGAUAUCUCCGGAACAAAAUGUGAUUUUACAGUUCAAGUGCAGCUCAGGUUCUGCCUUUCAGAAACCAGUUGCCCCCAAGAAGACCAUUUCCCACCAAACCUGUGUGUAAAAGUAAAUGGGAAACCCUGUAAUUUGCCAGGUUACCUUCCACCAACCAAAAAUGGGGUUGAACCAAAGCGACCAAGCCGACCAAUCAAUAUUACCUCACUUGUACGUCUAUCCACAACGGUUCCGAACACCAUUGUUGUGUCGUGGACGGCGGAAAUUGGACGUAAUUUUUCACUGGCUGUUUACCUUGUCAAGCAGUUGUCGUCGGCCAUCUUAUUGCAGAGGCUACGGGCGAAAGGGAUCCGCAACCCAGACCAUUCCAGAGCUCUCAUUAAAGAGAAGCUCACAGCUGAUCCAGACAGUGAAAUUGCAACGACCAGUUUACGGGUGUCGCUCCUGUGUCCGCUGGGAAAGAUGCGUCUGACCAUCCCUUGCCGGUCACUUACCUGCUCUCAUCUGCAAUGCUUUGACGCUACCCUGUAUAUCCAGAUGAAUGAAAAGAAGCCAACCUGGGUGUGUCCUGUGUGUGAUAAGAAAGCACCGUAUGAGCAUUUAAUAAUAGAUGGCCUCUUUAUGGAAAUUCUAAAGUGCUGCACAGACUGUGAUGAGAUCCAGUUCAAGGAAGAUGGCUCCUGGUCACCUAUGCGGUCUAAGAAAGAUGUGCAGGAAGUAACAAACUCGUAUAAUGGAGUGGACAAUGGGUGUAUCAGCAGUACGGUGGAGCAUCAGGUGUCCUCACAACAAUCAAGCAAAAAUAGGAGGGUAGAGGUGAUUGAUCUGACGGUGGACAGCUCUUCAGAUGAGGAGGAGGAAGAGCCCUGUGCUAAAAGGAGUUGUCCAUCGAUAACCCCUGCUUCACCUCUCAGCAACAAGAGUAUGUUGACUCUGCCACACCAAGGUUCUCCUAUAUCUCGGACUCCCAGUUUGCCAGCUGUGGAUUCAACAUAUAUGAACAGCCCUCUGAUCCAGGACUACAGGCACCCCUUCCAUAUGACACCUAUGCCGUAUGACCAGCUAGGAUUGGACUUCUUUCAGUUUAUGUCUGGAGACAACCAACAUUACAACACGUCCCUCCUGGCUGCCGCAGCAGCUGCUGCUUCUGAAGAACCAGAUCUUCUUCAUUCAUCGCGAUUCUUCCCUUACACCUCCUCUCAAAUCUUCCUGGACCAGCUAAGUGGGGGGGGGAGCACCACUCUGCCUGCGACCAACGGAAGCAACAGUGGCAGCAACAGCAGUUUGAUAUCCUCGAACAGCCUCCGUGACAGCCACGGGGCAGCCAGCCGGGGGCCAGCAGACAGCUCUUCUCUGUAUGGCAUAAUCCCAGAUGUUAUCUCUUUGGACUGA